AAGUGAAAAGUGAAAGCGAAGAGCCAGGCAAGCCUUCUUCAAAGAAAGUGGAUCUAACCUCCUUCAUAGAGGAUGCCUUCUUCACCACCAGGUCCACGUUAAACUUCCCCUUCCGCAUUUUUUGUCAGCUGGAUUUCUGGAAAACAAUCCUGUCGUGUCAAUGCGAACUUUCUGGUGGCACCCGACCCUCGGAUCGUAGCCUACAGUGUAGGCUAAACUUUUAAACUGAACUGUGCGAUUCCCUCGUAGGCCUACAAUGUGAGCAGGUACUGCGAUUGAGUGUAGGCCUAUGUGCGCCUUAAGGGAUACCUCAUCGCCUAUGCAUUCUUUGCCUUGAAUGAAAGGACACAGGAACUGGCUUCAGAAAUGGCACACCUGGGCAGAAUCCUUUUGCAUUGGUUUUUGAUAACAGGUUGCAUUGUAGAGGCCAUUGAGCCCAUAACAGUAGCCAUAGCUGUUGUCGGCCUCGCUGUCGGUGGGCUCAUCGGUAGAUAUAACAGACCAGGACCACCACCACAACCACCACUCGAAACCUGUGAUGACAGUUGGAUCAAAUCUGACCCAUCGAAUCUGGAGCAGGCCUUGAAUAAAAGGCUCUUUGGGCAACAUAUAGCAUCACGUUUAAUCCUGAAAAUGGUGACUGGAAACAUGAACAACCCAAACCCUGAUAAACCACUGGUGCUCUCCUUGCACGGCUGGUCUGGCACAGGGAAAAACUUUGUGGCCCAGAUGAUUGCAGAGAGCAUCUACCACAAAGGCUUGGAGAGCAAUUUUGUACAUGUUGUCUCAGCCACUAAACACUUUCCCCACGAGAGUCAUCUAGAAACAUAUAAAGACUGGCUACAGAAGCAGGUGGAAAACAGUGUCAGAAAUUGUCCUCGGUCUUUGUUUAUUUUUGAUGAGAUGGACAAAAUACAACCUGGUCUGAUUGACAGCAUCAAGCCAUACCUGGAUUACAACAACAAUCUGGAUGGGGUUUCUUAUAGAAAGGCCAUCUUCCUUUUCCUAAGUAACUCAGGAGGGCAGAUUAUCAACGAGGUAGCUCUGGACUUCAGGAACAACGGCCGGGACAGAGAAGAGAUCCAGCUGGAGGAUUUGGAAACGCCAGUCUCACUCUGGAUUUUCAACAACAAUCAGAGUGCUUUCUUUCGUGCCAGUGUCAUUGACAAGAACCUGGUGGAUGCCUUAGUGCCUUUCCUUCCUUUGGAGCGCAAGCAUGUGGUUCAGUGUGUCUUGGCCGCGAUGGAAUCCAGAGGCAUACCGCCAGACCAGAAUGUGGCUAAACGCAUGGCACAAGCCAUGACCCAUGGGAGCAUUUAUUCCACACAAGGCUGCAAGACCAUCUCCAAUCGACUGGAGUACUAUAUCUAAUACCCUCAGUGGAGGUGUUGACUGUAGAAAGUGACUUUGUUUUCGUAAGGGGAGCUUAUAUAUUGUCUUUCUUUUCUUGCUUUUUAAAAUAUUUUGAGGGGUAUUUAUGCCUUUAUUUUCAUAGGUCAGUGUGAAAUGUGAAUGUAUGUACAGUAUGUACUACUGUAUGUGUGUGAAUUCAGUGAAUAAUGAAGGUGUAUUGGCUUGACAAAGAAAAUACCAUAUGCCUUUGAUAAAUAAUCAGAUUCACUACCUCAUUUUUCACAGUGAGGUAUCGCUGGAAAGAUGCACCACAGCACUAUGAGCAAGGUUGAUGAGCAAAUUCUCGACAAACUUCCACAAUAACAUGCCCAGUUCUGCUUUUGAUGAACAGUGAUUAUUAUGAGUUGGAUUAAAUAUCCCUGUCCCUUUUUAAUUUUUAUAUGUCUAAAUCAUGUUAUUGCUACCCUGUGAAAGCCAGACUAUAUCUUGAAAAGUAUAGUCUUGCAAUGCACUACUGACAAAGGUUGUGGAAUCAAAACUUAAUCUGGUUCAAACGGUCAAACUGCAAUAUCUUCCUAUGGUCCAGUGCUGGAGAUGCUUGCCAAGUAAAAAAUAUUUUCUGCCGCUAGACAGAUUUGCCUAUAGUUUUCAAGGCUUAUUGCAGUUUUCGUGAUGUUUACAAGUGAUGUUAUAGUGGAAGAGGGACAAUUUCAACUUGUCAUAUGCACAAUGCAUACAUUCUGGGAAUGAGAAGACCUUUUACAGUGGUGCUCAUAUGUUUACAUACCCCAGCAGAAUAUACGCUUUCUCUGCGAUUUCUCACAAAAUAUGAAGGAUUACACAAAACCUUACCCCCAGAUAGCUCUUGUUUGCCGUGCGUAAAAGUAAAACACAAGUGUGCAGUGGUAUUGGUGUGGGUUUGCCGUGCUUUGUAUUUUCGUUUGAUUAUUUAAUUUUGGUUU